ACUCACCCCUCUACAUCCUCCUUUCCGCGCUCUCUCUCUCUCUCUCAUACACAAACACACUCACCCCUCUACAUCCUCCUUUCCGCGCUCUCUCUUGUACAUCGCCAGCCUUGUUGCAGACUGUGUCCAGCGAAAACUGGCACAGAACUGACGCAUCCAUGGAGCGCUCCGUCCUAUCACAACAUCCACGACGCACAGCAACACUUCCAUGCGAAGUAAUAUAGAAGACAACAUCGCAACCGACUCAUGAUCGAAUACCAACAUCGUCUUUCACGCGUCGACAACCCACCUCUUCCAUUGUGUAACUUUCCGAACCCCUCUUCCUCCCCGCUUCCUUCGACUCCUCCGCGUUCCCUGUCCGGGUUCCCAGAAACUCUGUUCCCCGUGAAAACGUCUCCAUGGAUGGGAUAGCCUUUGGCAUGAUGCCCGGGACCGUCCGGGUGCGGAGUAAGCCGCUUCAAGGGAUGCUGAACCAGCGGAAGACCAAAGCUCAGCGGAAAAAGCGAAAGGAGUUGUUCGGUGGGCAGAUGUUCUUCAUGGGGGUGCUGCUCGCUCUUGUAAAGGGGCUCUCAUGUUUGGUCGAGAAAGCAGGUUAUGACAUCUCCAGCCUUACUACUGAGGAGGGUGCCAGAUGGGAGAGUCGGAGGCUACUACAGGAGUCCUGGGACAACGAGACAGACCUUCUGUUGGACCCCCCGUCCAAAAACUGCACUGAGCCAGCGUUACAUGAGUUCCCCACAGACCUGUUCACCAACCAGGAGCGCACAGAGGGAGCUGUGGCCCUACACGUCCUGUUUGCCAUGUACAUGUUCUAUGCACUGGCUCUGGUGUGUGACGACUACUUUGUUCCCUCUCUGGAGAAGAUAUGCGAGCGUCUACAUCUUAGUGAGGAUGUGGCAGGUGCAACCUUCAUGGCAGCCGGCAGUUCAGCUCCUGAACUCUUCACCUCUGUUAUCGGUGUGUUCAUCACUAAAGGGGAUGUGGGGGUGGGCACGAUUGUGGGCUCAGCUGUCUUCAAUAUCCUCUGCAUCAUUGGAGUGUGUGGAAUAUUUGCUGGCCAGGCAGUGCAUCUGUCUCGUUGGUCUCUUAUGAGAGACUCUAUGUACUACACCCUAUCCAUCACUGCUCUUAUCGUGUUCAUAUAUGAUGAAAAGGUUUCAUGGUGGGAGUCUCUGACACUGGUUCUGAUGUAUUUCGGCUAUAUUUUGAUAAUGAAGUUUAACUCGAACAUUGUGCAUUUCCUGGAGAGGUGGAAGAAGAACUCGUCCAGCCUGGGGAACGGCACAGCCAGUAACGCUGACCUGGAUGACAACUGUGAUGCCAGCGCUGUCCUGCUGAAGAAAACUAACUUCCACAGAAAGCAGUCAGUGUUGAUGGUAGAUGAGUUGCUGUCAGCCUACCCCCACCAGCUGUCCUUCUCUGAAGCCGGCAUGAGGAUCAUGAUCACCAGCCACUUCUCCCCUCGCACACGCCUCUCCAUGGCCUCACGCAUGCUCAUCACUGAGAGACAGCGUCUGAUUAGCACCCGGCCGUUCACUAACGGAGACUCAGAGGUCACAGUGAAGGUCGGCAGUAGACGGGGCCUGGAGAACGGACUGGGCGGGCCUGAAAGGGGAGUCAAAGGUCGCCGUGGUCACCAUGGAGAGGACGACAGGGGAGAUGUGGAGGCCGGCAACGAGACUGAAAACGAGAACGAAGACAAUGAGAAUAAUGAGAACGAUGAAGAGGAGGAGGACGUAGGGGAGGGACCUUUUGUGCCCUUUCACGUCCCAGCUGGGUGCUGUAAUAAGAUCAAGUGGCUGUUGGCCUGGCCUCUGUGCCUGCUGUUGUUCUUCACGGUGCCUAACUGUGCCAACACUCGCUGGGAGAGAUGGUUCAUGGUCUCCUUCGUCACUUCCACCCUCUGGAUUGCUGGUUUUUCCUAUGUCAUGGUCUGGAUGGUGACAGUGAUCGGAUUUACUCUCGGUAUCCCCGACGUCAUCAUGGGCAUCACCUUCCUGGCAGCUGGCACCAGUGUCCCUGAUUGCAUGGCCAGUCUUAUAGUGGCACGGCAAGGUUUUGGGGACAUGGCUGUGUCUAACUCUAUAGGCAGCAAUGUGUUUGAUAUCCUUAUUGGACUGGGCCUUCCCUGGGCCCUGCAGACUCUUGCCAUCAACUACGGCUCCUACAUUAAACUGAACAGCAAAGGGCUCAUCUUCUCUGUGGGACUUCUGUUGGGGUCUGUGUUCCUCACAGUCCUGGGGGUACAUCUGAAUGGGUGGAAACUGGACCGUCGUUUGGGCCUGGUGUGUCUGCUCAUGUACUGCAUCUUUCUCUGCUUCUCCAUCCUCAUUGAGUACAACGUCUUCACCUUUGUCAACCUGCCCACCUGCAGAGACCGCUGAGACCCAGUUCUCACUCUCCCUUCUCUUUCUCCUCCCCAUCCUCCUCCACUCUCCAGGAGAUGGUCCGGCUUGGGAGGGAUCUGUCUGCACCUCAGAUAUUUGUAUUAUUAUUAUUUUCUUUAUGGUCAGUGCAAUAGGGAGUAGUGUGUGUGUGUGUGGUUUAAAGAGGAGAUAAACUGGGCACACAUGCAGGAGCACAAACUGACUUGUAAAAAGCUUUCACACAGGAUGCGUGAACAAAGCUAUUUUUGUCGACUACUGCCUACUUUGAUGUGAAGAUUUUUAUUUGUUUAGGACUUUUGUAAAGGUGUCUGAAACUGCAUUAUAGUCUACCGUGUGAUUUUGCUGACAAUUUCUAAUGUAAUGUUUAUUAGCUGCUAACUGGCUUUGAUGAAAGCCGGUCUUAUACGAGUCUAUAAUGUGUACUGGAAUAGUGUUGUUUGUAUUAUAUUAAAUGAACUGUUUCCCGCUUUGUAAAUACAUGCAGGCAGAUAUUCUAUUUAUUAAUUUAUUGAAUGUUAUUUAUUUUAAAUCCAAACCAACCCGGUUGGUCUGGAAGAUGAGCUCAUUUUGGAGAUACUGUCUGUAGAGCGUAGUGACACCAACAACCCCUUGGCAUGUUAUGAGACUCCAGUCUAAAGUCACUUUUAGGGGAAACAUCCUUUCAACAUUCCUUUGACUCUUGCAAAAGAGGAAUCUCUACUAAAAGUAUUCUGAGCAUUUACUCUAUGACGGACAUGAUUUAGAUCGUCACACGGAGAAAAUGCAUCCUUAGCAAAGUCAAACCUAUUCAGUGAGACUGCACUGAAGUAUAUCAUAUGUGGUGUCUGUCCAAGGUGGGAGACGGUCUCUGUUUCAAUGACAAUGAGUGUCCCUACUUGCUGAUUGUCAUGGCAAUCUGGUCAAAUGAAGCAAACUUUGUGAAACGGUAAACUCCUUUUUCCCACAAAUGGAGCUCAAGAGAAUGAUAUGUGCUGCCACAUAGGGGCACAACCAUGAACUACAGCACAGUAUUGGAUUCCUACAGACCUUUUCUUGUUCCAAGUAACUUUUUACCAAAUGUACAUUGCCUAGAUGGACUUCCUGUAUAACGGAUGGGUUUCCUGUUCCACCGACACACAGAGGAAAUUAGGCAUUUCUGUACUAAUGAGUACUCCCAGUGUUAUGAUUCAUAGAGGUAGAGAUGCACUUUAAAUAAAGCAUCUGAACUUUGGCUGACCUGAUGUUGGUUGAGCUGCGGUAAUUCAUUUUUUGUAAUGCACAAUGUUUAGAUUUGUCCAGAUGGUAGGUUGUGCUACAUUUAAAUCAGUUUUUAUGUCCUUUACGCCUUUAGUUUUGGGGAUUAUAUCAGACGUAAUCUGUAGACAUGCAGGGGAUUCUAGGACACUUGUUCAAGGCAAGCCAACAAGUCGUGCGUUGAUUGAAUGUUUGCUAUGUUAGUGACACCAUCGCACCUUUAUUUCACCUUUACAAAAUAUAUUUAUCACACCACUGUAAACACACAGCAGACUAAGGGCCCUAUUCAAUCUGCAUCGCGGAAGUUCAGUUUUAAAGCGGGAUUGAAAUUUAAAGGCAAUAUUCCCGCUUUAGCAGAGUUUACAUUAACGGUAAACGCUGCAUAUAGUCGACUCAAUCGGGAAUUACUUUUACAUUUCUGUUGCGAAUCUGUAACGCUUCAGUUUUACAGAUUGAAUAGAGCCCUAAAACCACCUGUAACAACUAAGAUUUUUCAUCUGGUAGGUUUUUAAAAAAAUAAAUCCAAAUAACACACAUUUAUUGGAAGAAAAAAAAAACUUGCUUUACAAAACUGCUCUGAAUGACAUGUGAACACUCAUUUUAUGGACCAAUAACACAAUAUCUCAAAUACAUAAAUUAUGAUUAAAAAAAGUCUCAAUGUACAAAGUAUUAGGGUUGCAUUUAUUUUGAAGAAUGUUUAUCGUUUGUUUUUUGUUCAUAUAUUUAUUUGUCUUGGGAAAUGUGUAGACGGAGCACAACUGUAAUGUCAAAGGAAAACAGGGUUUUUAAAAUGUAAAAUCAUUUAUAAUGCAAUAAUGAUGAGCUUUACAAUGUAAAUAUGUUGUUUCUUUUCACUUGAUUGAAGGCACAUUUCUAGAUGGUAUGUACAGUUGCACAUCCCUCUGUCAAGAGAGUAAAAUGUAUCUUGUAGGGCAGACUAAAGCUAAGUGGUUUACAGUAGUCUGCACUGGAAGCUUGAUAUGAAAAGUGACUUAUCUACAUAUCUACCAAGCCUAUAAGUCAAAGACUCCUAACUAGAUCUAAUUGGACAAUAUCAUACAAAUAUCCCCAUGCACCAUUCAAUACAUUAAGUUGAAAAGAUAUAUUCAGUGGCACAUCUAACUGAAAAGUUAACCAGUGACAUAUUCAUCCUUAGCCAUAAUACCAUUGACAAAUAUGGUCAGAUGUCAUGUUGUGCUGCUGUUCAUUUGUCCCUGGUUUGAUGAGGAUUAUGGUCUGUAAACAGGUACUAUACAACACAGGAGGUUGGUGGCACCUUCAUUGGGGAGGCAGGGCUUGUUUUAAUGGCUGGAGCAGAAUUGGUAUCACAUAUCAAACAUGGUUUCCAUGUGUUUGAUGCCAUUCCAUUUGCGCCAUUCCGACCAUUAUUAUGAGCUGUUUCUCCCCCCCAACUGCUAUACCACCAUGUGCUUGGAAUUCACCAAACUAUCACCAAGACUCAUAUCUGCAGGUCUUGAAGAAAGGUCUUGAAGAAGGUCUUGAAGAAAGGAAUAUUUUAAUAUUUUGUGAAGUUCACAUGGUGAUAUAUUGCUGAUGUACAUAUAUACAUACAUGUAAAUGUAUUUAUAUAUUUUGUCUUAAUCUGUAUAUUUGUUCAAUAUAUUUUCAUAGAUAUGGUCUUAGGUCCCCCUUGGUACCCUCCUUAGUCCUUUGUUUUGUUGUGUUUGAGAUUUUGAUAUCACCUUGUCCUUUGUUAACUUGCAUGGAUAUAUUUUAAUAUAAUACAUUAUUUAAUGGUAAUUAUAAUGUCAUUUGAAUCAGAAUGAUAUAUAUUAAAGGUGGCACUAAACUUGGCUGUUGAACUGGACCUCCUAGAUGACUGCAUGUUGUUUCUGAUAGGAUUGCUAAGUUUGAUGAUGUAAUGUUAAUCAAAUAACCUGAAGUAUGCCUCCGGAACAGGGAGGUCAAAACAGAAUGGUUUACUUUGUGUGCCGAUGUUUCAGAUGUAAUUUAGAAUACUUUUGGUACUUCCGCAUAAAUAAAGUAUAUUUGCUUAAGGUAA